AUGGGGCGCGGGGCUCCCCUCGGACCGUGCCUGCUGCGGGCAGCGCUGCUGCUCGCCCUCUGCCCCGCCGCCGGCAGCACCUGGAUGUGGCUAGGCAUCGCCGCCGCAGGCGGGCCCGAGAAACCGGGCUGCGCCAGCCCUCCGCUGAGCCGCCGGCAGCAGGAGCUGUGCGAGCAGAAGCCGGAGCUGGUGCCCGCGAUCCGGGAGGGAGCGCGCCUGGGCCUCCAGGAGUGCCGCAGCCAGUUCCGACACGAGCGCUGGGAUUGCCGCUCGCCGCCCGCCGCUCGCCGCGGGACCGCCGCCCCCGCCGCCUUCGGGCAGCAGCUCAGCAGCGGCACGAAGGAGGCCGCGUUCAUCUCGGCGGUGACGGCGGCGGGGCUCGUGCACGCGGUGACUCGGUCGUGCAGCGCGGGGAACGUGACCGAGUGCUCGUGCGAUGUCACCCUGCUGCACGGCGGCUCGGCCAGCGAGGGCUGGCACUGGGGCGGCUGCUCGGACGAUAUCCACUACGGAAUGUCCUUCAGCAGAAUGUUCCUGGACGUGCCUUUCAAGAACAUGACAGGCAAGAGCUGGAGCGGACUGGUGGCGAUGAACCUGCACAACAACGAGGCUGGGAGGCAGGCUGUAGCAAAGCUGAUGUCUGUGGAUUGCCGUUGUCAUGGUGUUUCUGGGUCCUGUGCUGUGAAAACUUGUUGGAAAACCAUGUCAUCCUUUGAAAAGAUUGGACGGUUUUUAAAGGAUAAGUAUGAAAACAGCGUACAAAUAUCAGACAGACUUAAAAAAAAGCUACGCAGGAAAGAGAAAAGCCAGAGAAAAAUCCCAGUUGGAAAAGAGGACCUGCUGUAUGUGAACAAGUCACCCAAUUACUGUGUCGAAGACCAAAGAUUGGGGAUCCCUGGCACUCAGGGAAGAGAAUGUAACCGCACCUCGCAGGGACCCGAGGGCUGUAACCUGCUGUGCUGUGGGCGCGGGUACAACACCCACGUCGUCAGGCACGUGGAACGGUGCGAGUGCAAGUUUGUCUGGUGCUGCUACGUGCGCUGCAGAAGGUGUGAGACCAUGACCGACGUACACACCUGCAAGUAAGGUGUAGUACAGGAAACACGGCCCAGCCAUCCACCCUGUGUGGUGCACACAGCUGCUGCAGGGGCAGCAAUCACUGUCACCAUGUGGGAUUUCAGAGGGAUCGGCCUCAGGGGGAACAGGUACUGCCAGACAGUGGGUAGUCCAAGCAUGCCUCGACUGAAAGGACAGCUGUGUAAACAUCAGGCUGCAUGCAGGGACAGCUUAAACAGCAAAAAGGACUCCUGAUGACACAUUUGAACGUGUUACUCCAUGAGCAGGGACAGAUGCUUUUCACAAAACUUCGAAAACUUUUCAAGAAUUUAAUAGACACAAUGUCAUGAAGAUCCAUGUGGUGGAUAGGUACAGUGGAGAAAUCUCAAGAUCUCAUUAGCCAGAGCCUGAAGAGUUAAGAGGAUUUAUAAGACACAUUAGAUAUAGUCCUUAUGUCUCUGCUUUUAAAACUGGAACUAGAUGGAUCCACUAGAUAGUUCAUUUCUGCAGACUUCAGAAAAACCCACAAAGAUAGGGAAAGGGUUCAGCUGUUGACCACGAAGAAUUUGCUUUGCAGCCAUUCAGAAAAGUGCCUUCUGCAUACUGUGCAGAAAAGCGUCGGGAAGUGAGGAAUGCAUGUGACUGCAGAGAGCUCAGUAGUGUCUGCCUGGAAAACGAGGAAAAGCUGUGCCCAGGGGAGAGAGGCAGGAGCACAGCUUGGUGAAUGUGAAUGGGUUACCAAAUAGCAACCUCAGGAUUUUUAACAGGAUGUUCUUCAAACACACAAGGGAGAGGUCUGAGAAGGGACAGAAAUGCAGUUUGAUAUUUGAAGGAAAUAAAACCCUCUGCAGGCAUUUCCUGAGUAUCUGAGCACACAUUUUAUGAGUCAGCUGGUUGUCACUCCACUCUUGAAUUCUAUGCAAUAACCUGCCACAUUCAGCCAUCUCACUGGUGGUUCACCAUCAUUAUCAAAAUUAACCACAUGAGAUUUAGCCCAAAGGAAUCUGCCAUAAAACAAGGGAUUUUUUAAAAACAUAUUUUCUUCUUAGAAUCAGCAGCUAGAAUUUUUUUAUUAGGCUGCAUCCUCAGUAAGUUGACUGCACAAUGUUAUUUAUGGAUUGGCACACACCACUAAGGUAUUUAAACUGUUAAUGAUAACAUUGUCUCCAUGUGUUGGCUAAAUUUUAUUUUACGUCUGUAAAAGGUUGUUUAUUUUUAUUCAGUGAUUUAAUGCCUGGCUUUAAAGCAUCAUGCGAAAGGAUUACUGUUGUUUAAUUGUGCAAAGUACUAUUUUUGAUAAAACAAGAACGUUUAUAUUUUGUAAAUAUUUAAAUUAUGCAAGUUAUGAAAAAGGUUUCCAAAACUAAUGUGAUAAGACUACAGCCCUUGAGAUUUGUUGGGUAGAUAUUUGUUAAUAUUGUAGUAGCCUUUAACUGAUUUUUAUUGGCAUGGGCUGGGGGAAAAUUAAUCAGAGAACAGCAUAAAUGUUAGGGUUUUUUAUCAUCAGGGUGGUUAUAACUAUUGCAGUUCAUACACACUUAUGAGAAACACUAUGAUUUUCUAAAUGGUCAGUUAAUUAGUAUUCUGCAUGCUUUAUUAUUCUCUUAAAUGCAUUUUACUGACACUGAAAUCCCACUUCUGCACUAAGUACUCCCACUGAAAUCAAGGGAACUUGAAGGAUUUGCAAUCCCUUAACUUCUUUCAUACUAACAGCCAGUUUUUAGAAACUUGGGACAGUUUGGCUGAGGCUUUCAAAGUUACUUUAAAAAAUUUAUUUUCUAAUUGUCAGUUUUUUCCCAGGAAAGAUGGUGUCCAGAUUCUGAACUGUCACUCUUUAUUGGAUACAUAGGCCAGGAAGAAGGAAACAAAAUCUUCUAUGAUGCGGUAUUUCACUGCCCUAUGUAGAUUAUUUUAGGAACAUCCGUUCAGCAGCAAUGAAGUCCAUUAUCUGCUAUUUGGACCUUUACUCCACAUUUGGCCAGUCCAUCUCCAUCGUCCUGACCAAGUUAUUAUCCUGGGACCACAAAAUCUGCUGUCUGUGGGAAGGGUGCUCAGCAUGCCAGUAAGGCAUUGUCACAGGAGGUUUCAACACCUUCUCUAUGAAAACUUGUGAAAAAUAGGGAGGACAUAUCGCUGUGGAAGACACUGAAGAAAGAGUUGUGACCCCAGGUGGGUUCAGCAGUGAAAAUAAACCCACAGGUUCCUCAUGCUGUGCCACAGGCCGAUUGGCAGCAUGAAUGGGAGAUGACUAAACAGCACUAAGUCCAGACAGAACAGUAUCGUACUCUCUGCUGAGACCAUACUUGGGAUAAUACAAUUUUGACCACUUAAAUAACCUUGAAAUAUUAUUUGAGCUCAGUAGUUUGUUGUUUUUGUUUGUUGUUUUUUUUUUCCUGUGCACUGAUUGCAAGAUCAGCAAGAGAAAGAGAAUUAAGUAUCUGCUUUGCCUCCCUCCAGGGAUCAGAAACUUCCCAGAAGAUGGAGCAAUUUCCAUGCAUUUUACAUAGCAGACAAUGUAGUUGAACUAUUACUCUGUGCUCUGUGCUGAUCCCUACCUCUCUCUGUAUAUAUUCUAAUGCCCUGAAACAAAGGUUUCAUAUCUGCAUACUUCAAAUGAUAAUAAACAGAUGAUGUUCAUUUUAUUAACUAAUAUACUACAAAACAUUACAUAAGGUGUAAUUAUCUACAUGGUGUGUUAGGUCCUUCUGAAGCAUCUAUGAGAGCUAAGAUAUAAAAGUCAGAAAUCAGGACAUCCACCAAGUUUUUCAAUGGGAUGGUUCAGAUGCCAAGACCUGAGAACUUGUACUGAUGAAAACAAUGUUGAAACAUUCAAGGCUGAAAAGGAUAAUCAGAGAAGAUUGCUGUAGCAUUUGGUAGGAAAAAACAUUUGCAAGCCAUGUUCCACAGAAGAUAGCACUCUCUUCCACUGCCAUCCAUCAAUCUCAAAGAGGAGUCGUGAUUCCUCCUUGGUUUGAAGUGCCUUUUUUUCAUGAUUUUGCAUGAGCCUGGAGCUAUAUCAUGCUAUGAACAACACCCUAAGAAAGGAACAGACCUUUCUGGGGCAACAGGUUUACAGAUUUAGAUUAUAGCAAUUGAAAUACAAGAGUGAAGGAACUGGUUUGCAUGUUCUGGAGAGAACAUAGGGCAAGCAAUAAUGUAAAAAGACACCUAAGUGGAGAGUCACAUGAGCCAACUCACCUAGAUGGACAGUUAAGCACAGGAAGUGAUAUCUUAGGAAUCUCUUUUAACAUGAGUCUAUGAAGGAUGCCUUAGAGCUUUGUAACAAUGAAAGGGAUAACUACAGAUACAGAAAGGAGGAACUAAAUGUGGCUUUAAUGUUAUCAGAAAUGCCAAGAAACAUCUCGAGUAGAGUAUGUUUUCUCUUGCCAUUCUUCACUUUUUCACCCCCCAGGGAGGUAGGAGCAAGAUGUGGCUGAAGCUCAGGUGUUUGUGCCCUGUUGGCCUGUUGCUCAGAGGGUGACAAGCAGGGUUCCCUUGUAUCCCUUGUAUAGCAUCAGGAACCACUGACACCCCCUGAUGUCACUGAACAGGUCAAGAGCUGUUCUCACAUUUUCCUGCUUCAGCCUCAAAGCUCCCAUCCCUUACAGCCUCAAAACUGAGGAUUUCAUCAAUAAAAAGUCCUUUGCUUAGUAUCCACCUUAGCCAUGACCCAAGUCAGUUGGGAGGCACUGCAGCCCUUCCCACAUCCUACACAGGAAAGUCAGUCUGCACAUAUGGUGGCAGCAUUAUUUUCCCUUCCGAAAUUGCCCACCUGGCCUCUUAUUUUAUUAAUACACUUAUUCUUGAAAAACACUCAGACUGCAGAAAACCCAAACACUUCAGGAGACAUUACAUACACAUCAAGCAUUUAGCAGUCAAUUCAAUGUUUGAGGAAACUAAGUGCCACAGUAAGACAUCUGGAAAGCAAAACACACUGAGCAAAAUAAAGCCUUUUCCAAACUGGCAAUCAGGAAACUAAGGCUGUAAAAGGGUCUGCUUUUUCCAGAGGGGG